CCGACAGCAAAACAAGGUCGACUGGAAAGUUGAACCUAGCGGAACUCUUGUUACCGGCUAACAUGCUAACGGAGUGAUUAGAGCAGAAGCUAACAUGCUAGCACAGUAGUCAGAGCAGAAGCUAACAGGCGAACAGCAGCACCAACAUCUGCUCGGUCCGGGUCCAGUAGAACCUCCAGCAGCUCCCGGUCCCGCCGCUGCUCCCAACAUGCAGGCGGAAUUUCGGGCUCCUCGGCGCCGGACCCGGGUGCACGAGGAGUACGAGGCUCCGCUGCCGGUGAGCCGCAGCCCGAGGGAGAGGACCGAGCUCCGGGCGGAGCUCAUCAACCUGCACGUACUGGUUUGUCAACCGGACCACAUCCAGAAGAUCCACAAUCAGGGAUACUUUGGGAAAGGGAUCUUGUCGAGAGCGAGACCCGACCACAGCAUCUUCGACCAAUGGGAGCAACACGAGGGUUCGGUUCUACCUCUCGUCUCAGAGUCCAGGUACGAUGAGAUGCUAAAGUGGGCGGGAGCAGCGCUCUUCGCCCAGGGAUUGGAUGAUGAGGCAGUCAGUCAAAUCCUGACGAGGCUCUCUCAGCCUGUAGAGAUGGAGGACGUGAGGAGGGCGGAGACGUCGAGGUCAGUGGUGGAGCCGGACGUUGCGACCAGCUGCAGCUCGUCCCCGGACCCAGAGUCGGACCCUGAUCCUGUGGUUCCAGGUGCUGGUUUUGUCCUGGUCUGUGACAGCAAAGUCGGUGGGGGGGUCCGGGAGGUCAGGCGGGCUCCGUACUCUCUGUCCGAGUUCCUGCAGCUCAGCCUGGAGGAGGCCUUCUUCCUUGUGUACAGUGUGGGCUGCCUGUCUAUCUACCUGCACCAGGAGCCCCUAACAAUCAUCCAGCUGUGGAGGAAGUUCCGAUCCUUGCGUCCUGACUUCGUCAGCUCGUACGCAGCCUAUCAUCAUUUCCGCAGCAGGGGGUGGGUCCCUAAAGGAGGGGGCGGGGCAAAAUAUGGCGUUGACCUCAUGUUGUACAGGAAGGGUCCACCUUUCUACCACGCAAGUUACUCGGUGGUAAUUGAGCGAGCUGACGAUGCGUUCAUGGGCUCUGCAUUGCGUCCGUUUUCGUGGCGUUCUCUUGCCGCUCUCAACAGGAUCACUGCCAAUGUUUCUAAGGAGCUGAUGUUGUGUUACGUCAUCCAUCCAGCCGCCCAAUCAGAGGCUGAGCUGGACUCACCUGAGUGUCUGAGGAGAUUGAAGGUUCAGGAUGUGAUCAUCAGCCGGUGGGUUUCCUCCAGGGAGCGGGCGGAGCAGGAAGACAUCUGAUUGGCUGGAAGGAGAUGAUGGAGGUCACGAGGAGAGGAGCUGAAAUCAGAUUUCAUGUAGUUGUUUUUUAUCAUUAAAAUGAAAUAUGAGAAAAGUGCGUGUCUG